ACCGAACAAGGCGACGCCAAGCUCUCCUUCCGUCGACCCAUCCUUGCCUCUAAAUUAUAGCCAGACGCUAUUUUGGUCUGCAUAUGUCCAAUAUCCUAUGCUGACUCUUUUUCCUGGUCCACGACGCUGCGACUUGGGUCUCCGCCAUGCCAUGUCACCCCCUCACCAUGAAGCCUGUAAUGGACCACGCUAGGGCAGACCACACACCCCGACAUCAGUGCCAUUGUCGCGUUCCGCCGUUUUAUCGCGGGUGCGAAUGCGCAUGCGAAUUGAAAUGAUAGACCCUCAAGUGCUGCAUUUCCCUGUCUCUCUGUUGCUUUCCGCCCUCGCCAACUAUUUUUCGGUUCUUACUUUCCGUGCUUCCCAUUUUCAACAUUGGAGUCAAACGAGGACCAGCAUCUACAUCUAAAACCUAAUAGCCUCUUCGACAUGUCCGAGUCAACCAAGGACAUCGACGUCGAAGAGACCCUCGCAGCUCUCAGCCUCAAGGACAAGAUUUCGCUUCUGUCCGGCUCCGGCAUCUGGGAUACGGCAUCUCUCCCCGACCAUGGCAUCCCUUCCGUUCGCUGCACCGAUGGUCCCAACGGCGCCCGUGGCUCUCGCUACUUCAACCCGGUGCCCGCUCUCUGUAUCCCCUGCGGCACCGGUCUAGGCGCCACAUGGAACCCGGAACUCAUCCGCCGUGCCGGCGAACUGCUCUCCCGCGAAUGCGAGGCCAAGGGCGCUCAUAUCUGGCUCGGCCCUACUGUCAACAUCGUCCGCGGACCUCUCAACGGCCGGGGCUUCGAGAGUUUCUCUGAAGACCCUUACCUUGGCGGUAUUCUUGCCGGCGAGAUCAUCCGCGGUGUCCAGAGCCGUGGUACUUCUGCCGCCCUCAAGCAUUUCGUGGCCAACGACCAGGAAACACAAAAGAUGACCGUAGACGUUCGCAUGUCGGAGAGGGCCCUUCACGAGGUCUACCUCAAGCCGUUUCAGAUGGCUGUGAAGAACGGCAACCCCAAGAUCCUCAUGACCUCUUACAACAAGGUCAACGGCACUCACGUUUCCGAAAACGCCCCCAUGCUCCAGGAUGUCGUGCGAAAAGACUGGGGUUUUGACGGUCUCAUCAUGAGCGACUGGUUCGGCGUUUAUUCUUGCGCCGAGUCCAUCAACGCUGGCGUCGACCUCGAAAUGCCAGGUCCCUCCUACUUACGAAGUCAAGCAGCUGACCAAGUCCGUGAUGGGAAGAUCGAAACAGAAACCAUCGACGACCGCGCCCGUCAGGUCCUCAACUUUCUCAACUAUGCCGCCAAGGCACCGGUGUCCGACACGGAGACCAGCCGCGACACGCCCGAGGACCGUGAGCUAAACCGCCGUCUAGCAGGAGAGAGCGUCGUUCUUCUGAAGAACUCGGGUGGACUUCUUCCCCUAGACCCGACGACCUGUGAUGAGGUCGCCAUCAUCGGGCCCAAUGCCAAGCUUGCCAUGGCCUGCGGAGGCGGCAGCGCCAGCCUUCAGCCCUACUACACGUCGUCCGUCUUCCAGGCCAUCAAGGACCAGCUGCCAGAACACGCAAAAGUGCACUACGAGCCCGGCGUCUUCGGCCACGUCCUGCUGCCAGUUCUGACUUCGGAGCAUGUCACCAACGACGCCGGCGAGCCUGGUGCGUCCAUCGAACUCUUCAACGAGCCGGCAUCGACCCCCGGCCGCAAGCCCUUCGACUCCCACACCCUCCCGGACACGACCUACCAGCUGAUGGACUACUGGCACCCGGAGAUGAAGGACCCCUUCUACGUCAGCAUGCGCGCCAACUACGUCGCCGAAUACGACGGCACCCACGACUUCGGCCUCGCCGUCUACGGCAUCGCCAAGCUCUACAUCAACGACGAGCUCGUCAUCGACAACGAGUCGUCCCAAACGCCAGGCGGGAUGUUCUUCGGCAAAGGCACCGUCCAAGUGCGCGGCACCUACGAGAUGCAGGCCGGCCAACCGUACACCCUCCGCGUCGAAGCGGGCAGCGCCGCCCUGUCGAAAGUCGAGACGCCGGAUUCCAUGGCCAUCCCGGGCGGCGCCCUGCGUCUCGGCGGGUGCGUCCACAUCGAGCCGCAAGACGGCAUCCGGAGGGCCGCCGAGCUGGCGAAACGGUGCCAACACGUCUUCGUCGUCGCGGGUCUCAAUUCGGACCUCGAGAAGGAGGGCAAGGACCGCGAGUCCAUGUCGCUGCCCCCGCACGUCGACGAUCUUGUCGGGGCCGUACUCGAGGCGAACCCUGACGCCGUCGUCGUCACGCAGGCGGGCAACCCCAUUGCGCUGCCGUGGCGGGACCGGGCCAAGACGGUGCUGCAUAGCUGGUACGGGGGGAACGAGGCCGGUAAUGCGGUGGCGGAUGUGGUCUUUGGCAGGGUCAAUCCCAGCGGGAAACUGCCCGUCACGUUCCCGGCGAGGUUGGAGGAUGGGCCCAGUUUCCUCAGCUUCGGGGCCGACAAUGUGUCGAUUUACUACGCGGAGGACGUUUUCGUCGGCCAUCGCUGGUUUGAGGCCAGGAAGAUCGAACCCGCGUUUGCAUUUGGUCACGGUCUCAGCUACACAACCUUCACGACAUCAGACAUGCAGGUCUCGGAAAAGGAAGCCACCAUCACCAUCGAGAACACCGGCUCCCGUGCCGGCUCGGAGGUUCUCCGUCUCUACAUCUCGCACAAGGGCAAGUCGCGUUUCAUCAGGCCCGUCCGGACCCUGGGUGGAUUCCAAAAGGUGUCCCUCGAGCCCGGCGAGAAGAAGCGCGCGGCGUUGCCGAUCGACAAGCACGGCACGUCUGUGUGGGACGAGGCGAAGAAGGCGUGGUGCGUGGAGGCCGGGGAGUACGUGGCUUCAGUGGCGGCGGGCGAGGGAACGACGGUGCUUGAGGGCCGGUUUUCGGUGGGUGAGGAUGUCUUUUGGACAGGUCUGUGAGG